AUUAGUCUCGCAAUGCAUUGUGGGAAUGGACGACUAUAACAACCGUCCAAACAAUAUAUGGCGCCUGGCCCGUACAUUAAUUUUUCUUCGCCCAUCAUAUCAACAGUCAAACAUCUAUUACGACUCUGCAGAUGAAUUAAAUGGAAUAGGAGAGGUAACUGAAUGGAUUGAGCAAUGGAGACAUCAAGAACCAAGCUGAGGAGAGAAGUGAGGGAGAAGAGGCUAGCGUACUUUGAGAAUCAGGGCUCAAGUUCUCAUCCACCCAAACUUCAAGAGGAAGCAGUUUACCGAGCCAAGAGCCCGUCAAAGAAUCCUUACAAAGAUAAAACAAAAAUAGGGAGGGAUAAAAAAGAUAGAAGUACACACAUUUACAGACAACAAAUAACUCACGAUAAUGGAAGAGAUGACAGAUUAACAGCAAGUGGAUUGAGUGUUAGGAGUGGCCGUCCAUCUUCUGCACGAUCAGGUGUCCCCAGACAAGGUCUCCGAUAUCCUCCAGGUCCUUCGGGCGAUGACUGCGCAAAUGUGACGCCUCUUAGACGAAAGAAGAACAGACCAUCAAGUGCGGUUCCCUCUGCCCAUGGCGACCAAUACAGGUUAGACAUUGCAGACAGUGCAAGGCUUACUGGAUCUAAUUUGAGGCCUUCUAGCGCCAAAGCGGGUGCCAGACCCAAGAGGCCUCAGAGGGAUCCAACUACUGACCACGCUGUCCAGAGACCAUCAACAGCCAGUGCGUACAGAAGUGAUAAUGAGAAUGCAAGGAGACAGUCUGAAUUUGCGGAUUUUAGGAAAGAAACCCAUGUGAGCUCACAUUAUGCUAAGAAAGAAACAUCUGGGAGUAAGAGUAGGCUUAGUGACCGUGAAUUGCAAGACUUCUUUAGAUUACGUGAAAUUCGGCAACAGUCUGGCAACGACCUGUCCCCAUCUUCUAGUGAAGGUGGACAAGAUGCAGGAGGGCCCAGGACGUACAAUUUCUUUAGGAAUGAAGCGAAGAGCCAUCAAGUAGUACCAGAGAGCAGACCCUACAGGGAUGAUCCAUAUGGAUCGAGGAGUAAGGCCAGCCUGGAGAAUGGCAUAUCAAGGCGUGUCCGGUCACAGUUGGGUUCAAAGGUCGAAAGCGAGGCACUACAGGCAUCCGAGUUUCACAGUGCGUACUCGGCAGAGAACAUGCUCCAGUCCUUGCUUGGUAGCCGCAAGGUCAAAGCCAAACUGCACGACGAACUCCUGUCAUCCUUUCUGGAAAAUGAUGGCUAUGAGUCGAUACUCACUCGUAAAAGGAAUAGUUCUAGACCAAGAGAUCAGAUACUGAACCGGGGAGGACCAGACCUUAAUGGAAACGAGGUGGAGAUGGACAGUGCUCUGUUGAAGUUCCACCACACAACAUCAGUAGAAUUGGACAAUGAACAUGAAGAAUGCACCGAUGAAACGGAACAAGAGAAGGCAUUGUCUUCAAUUCCAUCAGCAUCAGAUGAUGUCUCUGCUUACUGGGCAACCCAGCAGGAGAAACAGGAAAAUGUUAGGGUAGAGUCAAUUCCUACUGAUGGGAGGCUUGAUGGUGAUGGUUCUGUAGCCGGAAACAAGGAUGAAGGGGAAGAGAGCGGGGUAGAGAUGGACGAUCUAAAUUUUGAUGUUGGUGCCUUGUGCAAUGCUGCCAAGCAAGGAGAUGACAUACUGAGGCAAUACAUCCAGGGAUUGACCGAGAAGGUCAAGGCCAAGAAAGGCAAAGAGAGUAAUCCCAGCGAAACUGUUCUCGGAGAGGGUUCUACAAGAAGUUCUGGAAAGAUUGAUUCUCUGUUUGCUCCAAAGAUGCCUGAGAGAAAGUUUGAUGAGAAAACGGCGGCUGCUUCUGUACAUGAAAAAGUGGCAGUACCUCCAGCUGAGCAGAGUUAUUUGGCUUUGUAUAGUGAGAGUGACUAUAUGAGGAAGAAAGAAGUAGAACCCAUAUUUGUUGAGGACAAGGUAAACUUACAGAAUGCUUCAACGAAUGGAAUAGUGGAGAUGGACCAUGACCAUCCGCCCUCCCCAAAGCAUGCUCCAUACAAAAAUCAUUUUGGUUCUGCCAAAGAUUCUAUUGGAUAUAGAGACACAGAACCAUCAGUCAGUUUUGAAGCAAUAAUUGAUUAUCAAAAAGACAAUGUGAGUCUAGAAGAUAAGGAAACAGAAUUUGAUCAGAGAGUAUUUAAUGUUCAAGAGAGCUUUCAAGAUGACAAUGCAAGUGUUGUCAGCAAGGUCAAAGAACCAGCCGUAACUGCCGAUCUUUUAGAAAAACUUGGACUGUUUGAUAACAACGAUUCAUCAUUCACAAAUCCUCUGAGAAGUCAGCUUGAAGGAUCUUCUGAUCUGUUGAGUCAUGGUGCCGAUUCUUCAACCGAUGAUGCUGGCUUCAAGCUGGUCAAUGGAACCCUGGAUGAUUCGGAUCUUGGUCUUGAAACUUUCCGUCUGGACAGUCGGAUCGUUUUGCCACUGGAGGAAGUGAGAGACUACACUUACAGCAAGGUGGGUGUUCUGACAACCAGCCAUGUAGACUCUGCAGAUCUGAUUGAAGAAAUAUUGGAUAUGCCCACAGCUUCAAGACCUGCAAGAGCUGAAGCCGAACCAUUAAGGAGAACCUAUGAUAUGACUGAAGAGCCAACCAAAGGUGAUAUUGCAGAUCCCAACGUCAAUACUCCGUUCCAUUCCCAAAUUCAGCGCUCCAAGUACGGUGUCUCAUUUGUCUUUGAUCCUCAAGACACAGGACAUGAUUUAAGUGGCGCCAACGCAUACAGUGCAUUUGUACCACAACCUAAUCAAGGUCCAGGAAAUUCCAAGCAUGGUAUUGCUUUUGAAGUGGACUUGGCAUCAGCCAGGAAGCAACCCAAACCGCCUCCAUCCUCGAAGCCAAGCAACACUAGGUUGAUGACACCCAGUAGGGGUUCUCCAAAGCUGAGUCGGAGCUCUCCACAGAAAUCGAGACCCAGGAAGAGUCCUAGGACUCCAGAUGCCCACAGAUAUGAAGUCAGGAACUACCACGAGAAGGACAGAAGAAUGAGGAAGCUUUCCUCACCUAGAGCUAUAGCGUCACCAGUCGGCAAUCUAGCAUCUGAGUCCUCCUCGACUGGUGACAACCAAUCAUCUCUGAGACUGAGCUUACCGUCCAACAUGGAUACUGAUAGACCAGGUGCUGAAGGAAUCGUCCACCUUGGCGACAGUCUUGGUGAUAGUCUUUUAGAUGUUGAAGUUGGAGCCCCAUUUAAUCACUCGCCCAGGCGUGAAGCACCCUUGGAAGAUGUGAAUGAAGUCCUGGACAGAAUUUCAAACUUCAACCCUCCAGGAGCGUCAAGAAGUGUGGCCUUCGAAAGCCAAGACACUGUGAGUGAUACCAUUGGGCAGAAUGGAGUAAACUUCACGGUGCGUCAAGACGGUAGAGACCCUCAAGAGCAGAGACAGGAUAUCCACAAGGCAAGCAAACCCCGACCAAGCAGUGCAAACCCCAAGAGAACUGCCACCAAGAAACCAGGUAGCAAUCGCCCCACCAGCGCCCAUUCCAAGAUGUACUCGUCCCCAGACAAGAGCUACGACAGGAAGUGGCCUCAGUCCAGCAUGGCAUGGAUGACUCAACAUAAACUCACUUCAAGUCUUCUUGCAGGUGACCAAUCCCCCAAUGACCUUUCAGCCUCAGGGUCAAAGGUCAAGAUUAGCCAGUCAAGGGUCAACAGAGAGUUUGCUGGAAAGAGCAAGCCUCCGGUCGCAGUUCAGAUGUCCAAGAGGGAUGGCGAGUUUGUCAGAGUCAGGUCAUCUAAGCUAUUUGAUGGAACUGUAUCACGAGUGCUCGACGGAAGAGGAUCUGUUGGCGUACCUCCUUUAACUUUACAACUCAUUCAAGAUAGUCCUAGAGGUUCAGAAUCUCUGUCCAUUUGGCAGCUGCUCCCUGAUGAGAUUCUUCUACACAUCUUCUCCUAUCUUCCACAACACAAGCUAGUCAUGUGUGCUCUAACAUGCCAACGCUUCCAUAGGAUUGCAAUGGAUGACUCUCUGUGGCGAACCAUUAGAUUGGAGAACAGAGAUUUGACGGACUUCUAUCUGACUUACAUAGGAGAGAAGCACCCGGUCAGCCUGACGCUUCAUAAGUGCCGUGGUAAUCUCGUCACAGAGAAUGGAUUGCGCAAUCUCUUUAGGUCAUGUGCUGAUUCAUUACAGGAGCUGAACGUUACAGGUUGCUCCAAGGGUGAGCUCCAGGGAGACUCCAUCCUGCUCCAUGUCUCCAGAUGCUUCAACCUGAUCUCCUUGGAUACCAGCUGGUGUGCUGUCACUGACAACGGUCUCUCUGCUAUCCUGGAUGGAUGCCCAAGAUUGGAGACUAUUUGCUUGAAUGGAUGUCAAUCUGUAUCGGAUCAGUGCCUUCGUCAAAUCGUUAACAAAUAUGGAUCUAAUCUGGAGGUAUUGGAGUUGUGCGGAUGUUUCAAUCUCUCUCCUCAAACUCUGACACAUCUUGCUGACACAAGCAGCCAUCUUAGGACUCUUAAUAUCGCCCAGUGCUACAAGAUCACCGAUGAGUGCGUAGCUUCAGUCGCGCCCAAGUUCCAAUCCCUACAACACUGGCAUCUCAAGGGCUGCAAGGAGCUCAGAGACUCUGCUGUCAAGAAGAUCGCCAGGCACUGCAAGAAGCUCAGAACCCUGUCCAUUGCAUCAUGUCCACAUGUCACUGAUGUCUCCUUGAUCGAGAUCGCUACGUACCUGAACAGUAUAAGGAGCCUGGAUGCUUCUGGUUGUCGUAAGAUCGGGAACGAAGGGAUGCGUUGCCUAGCAACAUGCUGUCCAUACUUGGAGAAGGUUGGACUAAGCUCUACAUCAGUCACGCACAAGAGUGUGUCCUCCUUAGCCAGUUAUGCCAGUCAAACCCUCAUGGAGCUGAAGCUGAAUUGCUGUAGAGAGAUCACAGAGGCAAGCAUAAUACGACUACUCAAGCAUUGCAAGAAGCUCAAGACUCUUCAUCUGUAUGGAGUCAAAGGUCUGAGGAACCUGGGUAUACUCAAGGUACAGUACCCAUGCAUAGAGUACCUAGAGAAGGUGAGGGCCCCUUAGUUACAUCUUAAAGCACUGCGUGUGUAUUUGGUUUUUACAGACGUGUAUCAAGCAGGUAUGAUUAUUUACGUCUGGGGACCGACCUUUAACGUCACCAUCCGAAAGACGUGACUCAGUUUCGAACCAGGGUUGCCUGAGCCAGUUUGUAGGGGAAGAUAGAGAGCUGACCAACUCACACCUCCGUAAAGCACCUCAAUGGUCAGAAAUACAUGAACUCUGUUAGCCACUAUUAACUAGAGAAGGUGAGACUGAUUCAAGUCACAUCAUCAAGUAUCUUUUGAGCUACCCGUAACUACAAAGAGUCAUUAGUUAUUCUUUAUCAACCACUCCAUUGAUAAUGUACCCAAAGUUGUAUGACUUAGAAAUGAAAGGAUACUGAAAGUACUAUAUCCUUUCAAAGAAUACCUGAAAACCCCUAAAAGUCAUAGAGACUUGGGCACUUCACCUAGCUCUGCGGUAUCCUCAUUCAUCCAGUACCUUGGUGGCCAAAAGUUUCAUGUUAGCAAACAGUACUUAAAUUCACUUAGUAUGUCUGUUUUUUUUUUGCUACUCUUCAAUUUUGUAGCACCAAUCAUCUCUUUGGAAAUGUCUUUGUUAGGCUAAUCAUUCCAUUUGUAAUGCAUGGUGGAUCAAUUAGUUUGCGAUCAAAUGUUUACUAAAAAAUGCAGACUUACAUACAUGUACAGGUUGACAAUUUCCUGAUGCACCUUGAUAAUACUCAAUUUUCCUGCCAAAAGAUAUUUAGGAGCCUGUAAAUAUAGAGAUAAUAUACUACAGUUUACUUUUUUGUAACAUUUACCAUUUUGUUAAUGACAGUUUUUCUAUUUACACUUUUUGAUGAAUGGAAAUGUAUUUUUUAAAGUUCAAUGUAUAUGAUCAUUAUAAUGAAAAAACUUUAUAAAUAUAUUGUAUACACAACAAGGAUGUUUUUAUAUCAAUUUAAUUGUAUGCAGUAUAUAUCUGUAUGUGUAGUUUAAAAGGGAAAUAAAACCUUAUUAGCAAGUUCUCUGAAAGAAAGAAGUAAAAUGAAAGAUAAAGGCUGGUGAUAGUUUGAAUGAAGUUAAACAGUCAAGCAUUUAACAAAUCUCUGAGUUUUCUGAAGUUGUAAUCACUAUACAAGAUUUCAAAUGGAUGAGACUGGUACCACUCUGAUGUAAAAAUGUCUAUUUGUUCCCAUUUAAAAUAUGAUUAGAAUGUCAAUUUUGUUUGUAUAUUUUACUUAGUAUGAAUUUUUUUUCUCAUUUUGAAGAUGUUCUCUGUGAUAUACUUUGAAUAAUGCCCCGAGGGAAAAGACAUUUAGGAGUUAACAAGAAAGCUAAUGAUAUU